CAAUAAACUAAAAAUGUCCCGCAACAACAUCACCCACGAAUCCAGCGAAACUCCUUUGCAUGCUCUAACAGUUUCUCCGUUUGACAGACUAAGCACCUACUUUUCUUCGCCAAUAUUCUAUUCUGCAUCCUACUAGUACCGUACCAUUUGCGCCACUUGCAACUACAGAACUGACUACUCUCGGCGAGUUCUACAAUUUAAGCAUAUAUUUCCAAGGUCAUCCCUCCCACAUCUCAAGGUCGUUCAUUCCUACAAGGUCACACCCACUCAAGGUCGAGAGUACUCGAGGUCAUAUAUGUUCAAAUUCACACUUCAAGGUCACUCGGAAACUCAAGGUCACACUUCAAGGUCACUCGAAAAAUCAAGGUCACACUUCAAGGUCACUCGGAAUCUCAAUUCCACGUUUCAAGGUCACAUUUCAAGGUUGGCACCGAAGGUCAGUUCUCAAGGUCGUUUGGUGCCGAAGGUCGCCGCUCAAGAGCGUCCCAGAACAUACAAACCCUAUCUACUAAGAUUAAUCGAUAUAUUAAAAAUUAUUGAAUUCUAA